GAGAGAGUAUACCAAUAGGUUGUUACAAUGAAGGCACCCCACGUACUCUUGAUAUGUUUGAAUGGGAUUCGAGUGACGUCACAGCAACUGAAUGCGUUAACUUUUGCUACGAGUCCAUGUCGCCAUUGGAGGUGAUAUACGCUGGUGUACAGGGUACUGUGUGUACGUGCGGUACCACGUAUCAUACAUACGGGGAAGGUGUUGAUGAAGACUGCAAUACGCCUUGUUCUGCGGACUCAAGUCAAAUCUGUGGAGGCGACUCCAGCAUAUCCGUGGCUGAGAUACGUAUUGGUAGCUACAUGGGUUGCUUCAAUGACGGGACGCCCCGGGCACUUAGUUCAGCCAGUAAAACUGGGUAUGACGGGAUGACAGCGGGUGCAUGCAUUGGAUUCUGUACACAACGUGCUGCUAGCAGCCAGUACGCUGGUGUCCAGGCGGGCGACGAAUGCUAUUGUGGUAAUUCGUAUGAUACGUACGGACAUGCUGACGAAUCCGACUGUAACGAACAAUGUUCUGGCGAUUCUUCUGAAAUUUGUGGCGGCACAAUGCUAUCGUCUGUGCAUUUGAUGGGCUAUG